GUCUCGAUGGUCGAGUGGGCGGAGCCAGAAGGAAGAUGGCGGCGCCCGCGGCUGCAGCCGAGCCUCAGGCGUCCGGGGGUCCUCGGCCCCCAGUGUGUCUGUUGGUGUUGGGGAUGGCGGGGUCUGGGAAAACCACCUUCGUACAGAGGCUCACAGGACAUCUGCAUAGCCAAGGCUCUCCGCCUUAUGUGAUCAAUCUCGACCCAGCUGUGCAUGAAGUUCCCUUUCCUGCCAAUAUUGAUAUUCGUGACACUGUGAAGUAUAAAGAAGUCAUGAAACAAUAUGGACUUGGACCCAACGGUGGCAUAGUGACCUCACUCAAUCUCUUUGCUACAAGAUUUGAUCAGGUGAUGAAAUUUAUUGAAAAGGCCCAGAACAUGUCUAAAUAUGUCUUGAUUGACACACCUGGGCAGAUUGAAGUGUUCACCUGGUCAGCUUCUGGGACAAUCAUCACAGAGGCCCUGGCAUCCUCAUUUCCAACGAUUGUCAUUUAUGUAAUGGACACAUCAAGAAGUACCAACCCAGUGACCUUCAUGUCCAACAUGCUGUAUGCCUGCAGCAUCUUGUACAAAACCAAGCUUCCUUUCAUUGUGGUCAUGAAUAAAACUGACAUCAUUGAUCACAGCUUUGCAGUGGAAUGGAUGCAAGAUUUUGAGGCUUUCCAAGAUGCCUUGAAUCAAGAGACUACAUAUGUCAGUAACCUGACUCGUUCAAUGAGCUUGGUGUUAGAUGAAUUUUACAGCUCACUCAGGGUGGUAGGUGUAUCUGCUGUUCUGGGUACAGGCUUAGAUGAACUCUUCGUGCAAGUCACCAGUGCUGCGGAAGAAUAUGAAAGGGAGUAUCGUCCUGAAUAUGAACGUCUGAAGAAAUCACUGGCCAGUGCACAGAGCCAACAGCAGAAAGAACAACUAGAACGCCUUCAGAAAGAUAUGGGCUCUGUUGCCUUGGACACAGGAGCUGCUACAGACAGCUUACCUUCUGGGCGGGACCCUUCUGACUUGAUCCUCACUCGGGGAACCUUGGAUGAAGAGGAUGAAGAAGCAGACAGCGACACUGAUGAUAUUGACCACAGAGUUACGGAGGAAAGCCAUGAAGAGCCAGCGUUCCAGAAUUUUAUGCAAGAAUCAAUUGCACAGUACUGGAAGAGAAACAAAUAGUUUCUAGAUGUCCAAAAGUUUGGAACUCUCGCUGGUUGAAAACGGGGGAGGAUCCCAUGAGGCUAUCAGUGGAGUGGGAGCCGUAGCUGCUGUCUGAGUCAUCCGGGCUCUGGGGGA